CACCACCUUCCCUUUCUUCCUCCGCAAGAGCAGGGCCAGCUUCCUCCCUUGGCCUUUGAUUAUCAAACUGGAUUUGAUAUCAAGCGCGGAUCCGAAGGCCGCCGAGCUGAGCGACACUCCCCACCGAACAAACCCUAGCGUGGCCUGGCCUGACCUGAGCUGAGGCCCUUCCUGCUCGAUGGCCAACCCCUCCAUGGCGGCCGGCGGCGGGGUGCCGUGGGCGGAGGGGGUCCGGGCCGUCGGGGCCCAGAUCCGCAACCGCCUCCGCGUGGCGCCCGUCGACCGCCGCUGGCUCUGGCGCCGCCCCGAGGGCCGCGCCGCCUCCGACGCCGUCCGCCUCUGGUCCGACCGCCUCCGCGCCUUCCUGCAGCGGGACAAGCACAACCAGCAGCACCAGGGCCCCGACGCGGCGGCGGCGGCGGCCAGGCCCUCCUCCAGUGCCCUCAGGUUCUACAGGAAGAAAGUGGGCAAAGAAGUUAACGGGGUUGAAGACUCGGUGAUUUUCCGCUCGCUGCAAGCGCUGGCCGUUCCUCUUAUCGGGAAUGCUUGCCAUGUUUUUAUGCACGGCCUUAACUCUGUCCAGAUUUAUGGCGCAGAGAAACUUCAGCAGGCAUUACAAGAGAGGCCUAAAGACAAACCUCUUCUAACGGUCAGCAAUCACGUGGCUGCUAUGGAUGACCCUUUUGUAAUUGCCUCCCUUCUGCCACCGUCUGUUAUGUUGGAAGCACAAAAGCUGAGAUGGACACUAUGUGCGACUGAUCGUUGCUUUACAAAUCCAGUUCUGUCCACGUUCUUCAGGUCUGUUAAAGUGUUGCCUGUUAACCGUGGUGAAGGCAUCUACCAAAAGGGAAUGGAUAUGGCGCUCUCAAAGCUUAAUAAUGGUGGAUGGGUUCAUAUAUUUCCUGAAGGAAGUCGUUCAAAGGAUGGAGGGAAAACCAUUGCUCCUGCUAAGAGAGGUGUUGGAAGAUUGGUAAUGGAUGCUGACAGCUUACCGGUUGUUGUCCCCUUUGUCCAUACUGGGAUGCAGGACAUAAUGCCAGUCGGGAAGCGUAUCCCAAGAACAGGCAAAAGGGUGAUAGUGGUUGUUGGAGACCCAAUCAACUUUGAUGACCUGAUGGCUGACAACAGUAACGACUCCCAACAUAUUUCUAGAGGUGACUUGUAUGACAAAGUAACCGAAAGGAUUGGGCAGCGGCUGCAACAACUGAAGGUGGAAGUCGACAGAUUGGCGGCAGAGCAGAAGGCCGAGCUCCAAAACCGUUGCACAGCCGAUACAGUCAAUGACGGGUACAAGGUGUGGCAGCGGGUCGACUGGGAGUCCUUCGGCAUAGGAAACAUGCUGUCCUCAGCCGAACAUUCGUCGGCCCAAGAGCCGCCGAAGCAGAUCCAGCAUGAAGUGCUCCUGGCGGAACAAACUGUUUCUUCUCCAGCAACGCAAGCAGAGCCCGAGCCGCGCCUCGAGGAGGAACAGAGCAUUUUCUCUCCGAUAUCUCGUGACGCUGGCGUUCCGCACUGGUUCAGCCGCCACACGGACGCCUCUGAGCUCAUGGGGUUCGCCGCGCGUGGCCUGGUCAGGAAUGGCAGGUCCAUGCAGGAGGGGUACCGGCAGUGCCAGGAGCCGUCGGCGUUCAACGCCUGGUGGGAGGCUCAGACGAGCACCGCAAUGAUGCCCAGGUGGAGCACCGCUUGACCUAGGCCACCCUGAAGGGGGUGCCUUCUCCUUUGUACAGUUAUCCGACAAGGACGCCGACAUGAAUUUAGAUAGAUUGCUUUGUUUUCCUCGUGCUGGCAGUUUUGGAGCUAGUAUGAACGAACGAUGAACUGGACACCUUAAGUUAUCUUAGAGAAUAGAGAUGAUGUGAAAUUUCGAUAGCUGAAGUCAGGUUUGAUGUAAGCGAUGUCGGCUUCUUUAUGUGCAAGAACUAGGGAGCUCUUUGAGAUGAA